AUGAAGAAAAUAUACUAUAUAUUAUUUUUAAGUGCUCAAUAUUUUGUGCACAUCAGCAAGUGUGGAAGAAACCUCAAACCAAGCAGAUUGUCUCAUAGUGGUAACAAUGUUAUGUUAGAAAAGGGUCCAAUAAUUGAAAGAAGCACACGAAUGACUAACCCAUGGAAAAAUUUUAUGGAUAAAUAUGAUAUACAAAAAAUACACAGUUCAGGUAUUCGAGUUGAUUUAGGGGAAGAUGUAGAAGUGGUAAAUUCGAAAUAUAGGAUACCUGCUGGUAAAUGUCCAGUUUUUGGAAAAGGUAUUGUCAUCGAAAAUUCUAAUGUUAGUUUCUUAACACCUGUAGCUACAGGACAACAGAAGCUAAAGGAGGGGGGUUUCGCGUUUCCAAAGGCAGAUGAUCAUAUAUCCCCAAUAACCAUAGACAAUCUUAGAGAAAGAUAUAAAGAUAAUGCUGAACUUAUGAAAUUAGAUGACAUAUCCUUAUGUAAAACUCAUGCAUCUAGCUUUGUUAUGGCACAGGAUCAAAAUACUUCUUACAGACAUCCAGCCGUUUAUGAUGAAAAGGGAAAAAUAUGUUAUAUGUUAUACAUAUCAGCACAAGAAAAUGCGGGUCCAAGAUAUUGUAGCAAAGAUGCAGCAAAUAAAGAUUCUAUGUUCUGUUUCAAGCCAGAUAAAAUUGAAACUUUUGAAAACCUUGUAUAUUUAAGUAAAAAUGUACGUAAUGAUUGGGGAAGUAAAUGUCCUCGUAAAAAUUUAGGAAAUGCUAAAUUUGGUUUAUGGGUUGAUGGAAAUUGUGAAGAUAUUCCAUAUGUUAAAGAAGUAGAAGCUAACGAUUUAAGUGAAUGUAAUAGAAUCGUUUUUGGAACUAGUGCUUCAGAUCAACCUGCUCAAUAUGAAGAAGAAUUAACUGAUUAUCAAAAAAUAGAACAAGGUUUUAGACAAAAUGAUAGUAAUAUGAUUAAAAGCGCAUUUUUACCUAUAGGCGCAUUUAAUUCUGAUAAUUUUAAAAGUAAGGGAAGAGGAUAUAAUUGGGGAAAUUUUGAUAUUGUAAAUAAAAAAUGCUACAUUUUUAGUGCAAAACCAACAUGCUUAAUUAAUGAUAAAAAUUUUAUUGCAACAACAGCUUUAUCUCAUCCUAAAGAAGUAGAUAAUGAAUUCCCUUGUAGUAUAUAUAAAGAUGAAAUAGAAAGAGAAGUUAGACAACAAGCCAGAAACAUGCAGCUAUAUAGUGCUGAUGGAGAAACACUUAUAGUACCUAGAAUAUUUAUUUCCAAUGAUAAGGAUAGUAUUAAAUGUCCAUGUGAACCUGAACAUAUUUCUAACAGUACUUGUAAUUUUUAUGUUUGCAACUGUGUUGAAAAAAGAGCAGAGAUUAAAGAAAAUAAUGAAGUCGUUAUAAAGGACGAGUUUAAAGAAGAUUAUGAACAGGAAGGAGCAAAAACAAAUAAACAAAAAUUGAUAAUUAUCAUUGGAGUAGCUAGUGGCGUUGGUGUAUUAGCACUUGUUUCAUUAUUCCUCUUCAGAAAAAAGGCUCAAAAUGAUAAGUAUGACAAAAUGGAUCAAGGAGAAAAUUACGGGAAAGCCAAAUCUAGAAAAGAAGAAAUGUUGGAUCCGGAGGCAUCCUUCUGGGGAGAGGAUAAACGAGCAUCCCAUACUACUCCUGUUUUGAUGGAAAAACCUUACUAUUAA